GUAGAACUCGAAGUCUAUGGUCAAUAGUUGAACGUGGUUGGACGUGACCAUCCACUGUACGCAUUUCGAAUAUUAUUUCCGAAAUGAUCGUUUAAACCGGGAACGGACAACGACGCUUUGCAAAUAUGCUUUGUAAAUUAAAGUCGUGAAUACGUAGCGCGAGAUCGUUGAGCGAAAAAUUCACGGCUGAGGUCAACCGGUUCGUAAAGGUUCGUGCAGUUUCGGGAGCGGUCGAAGGUUUUCUGUGCAAGGAUCAGUGAGAUCUUCGUGUCCAGUGCAGAUCCACCCUUCGCUUGGAACGGUUCAUUGCGAGCGUGUCGCACGGAUAAGCGAAGAUUUAUCUCGUGGGAAAUCGUGUCCACGACACUGUCACGACCAGAAAAUGCUCGCCAACAAGUGUCAAACGGUUCUGCACGGGCGUAACCUGUCAUGGCAAUUCAUCAAUGGUAGUGCGAGCACGUGGAGGAGAUGCCUGACUGGAUAUCCAUCGGAGGAACCAAAAAAACCGGUAGUCGCGACAGAAAUACCAGGUCCUCAAUCACGUAGUUUGUUACGGGACCUCAAUACGAUGCAACAAGCCUCUUCCGUACAAUUCUUCGCGGAUUACGAAAAAUCAACAGGUAACUACAUAAUGGACGUCGAUGGGAACGCUCUGCUCGAUGUUUAUAUGCAAAUUUCGUCGAUACCCUUAGGCUAUAACCACCCAGCCAUGUUGAAAGCCCUUGCCGAUCCUGUUAAUCAGAGAAUUAUGGCAAACAGACCCGCGUUAGGCGUCUUCCCCGGAAAGGAUUGGCCAGCCAGACUUAAAAAAGUUUUGCUACAAAAAGAAAUCGCUCCUCCAGGAUUAUCGCAGAUCACGACUAUGAUGUGUGGCUCCUGUUCCAACGAGAACGCAUUCAAAAACAUUUUUAUUUGGUACGCCGAUUGCCAGAGAAAGGGUUCACCGUUUACGAAAGAAGAAAUAGAGAGUUGCAUGGUGAAUCAAAUUCCUGGCUCGCCACGAUUCUCCAUACUUUCGUUCAAAGGCGCGUUCCACGGAAGAACAUUGGGAUCGCUCUCGACGACGCACAGCAAAUACAUUCAUAAAAUAGAUAUCCCAAGCUUUGAUUGGCCUGUUGCCUCGUUUCCUGUCUACAGAUAUCCCUUGAAUGAACAUGUCCGAGAAAAUCAGAAAGAAGAUCAGCGCUGCUUAGCCGAAGUUGAAGAAUUAUUUGAGAAGUAUAAAACUGAGAAGAAAAUUCCAGUCGCCGGUGUAAUAGUGGAACCAAUUCAAUCGGAAGGAGGCGAUAAUCACGCGUCUCCUGAAUUUUUCCAAGAAUUACGACGUAUAACAAAAAAGCACGGAGCAGCUUUAUUAAUCGACGAAGUACAAACAGGGGGUGGCCCAACGGGAAAAAUGUGGUGUCACGAACAUUUCAAUUUAGAAUCUCCGCCAGAUAUAGUGACUUUCAGUAAAAAGAUGCAGCUAGGUGGUUAUUACCACGUUGAACCAUUAAAGCCUAAACAAUCGUACCGCGUAUUUAAUACCUGGAUGGGAGAUCCUAGUAAAAUAAUAUUACUGGAGGCAGUAUUAGAAACAAUAAUGAAGGAGAAUCUUUUGGAAAGAGUUACGCGCGUUGGGGAUUACAUGAUAAAACAACUGACGACUUUGCAGAACGAAUGUUCUACUAUGAUUAAUUCGGUUCGCGGUCGUGGUACGUUCAUCGCGUUUGAUUGCGCUACGCCUGAACUCCGAGACACAAUGAUUAAGAAACUUUUAACCAAAGGCAUUCAAAUCGGUGUCUGUGGAAACACGUCGGUAAGAUUAAGACCCGCCUUAACGUUCACAGAAAGUCACGCUGAUAUAUUUCUAGACGCACUACGAUCAGUAUUAAAGAAAUAAUGACAUACGUAGGUAUGUUACUUUCUGAAUUACAUUCCGCGUAACAUUGAAAACCAAGUCUUCCACUAAAAGAGUCUUCCAUUAAAACUUAUUUUUAUAAAGUACGUUUAUUGUAUCACAGAACAAGUCAGCGUACACAAUAAGUAAAGUAUAAAUAUUACUUAUAUUUAUGUAAUAAAUUUUAUCAAUAUUUUAUAGUAUAAUUCAAUACAUUAUCAAAGACAUCAUCGGAAACUUACACUCUAUAACAGACUAAUAAGACCUAAACCAAUUAUACUUGUUUUAUUUUAUGUACAGCAUAUUCAAUUAUAGUUAAAUGAAAUUCAA